AUGAAACAAGCAAAUACAAAAGAAGAUAAGUCGCAGAAAAUUUCCAAUAGUAGUACUAUUGAUGAAAUAGAAGAAGAACAGUUAUAUACUGGACCUUUAAAAAUAGAACAAUUAUUAGCAAAAGGUUUUGUAAAAAGAGAUUUAGAAUUACUUAAGGAGGGUGGAUUACAAACUGUUGAAUGUGUGGCAUAUGCUCCUAUGCGUACGUUAUGUGCUAUUAAAGGUAUAAGUGAACAGAAAGCAGAGAAAUUAAAAAAGGCAUGUAAAGAAUUAUGUAAUUCAGGUUUUUGUAAUGCUAUAGAUUAUCACGACGCAAGACAAAAUUUAAUAAAAUUUACCACAGGAUCAAAACAAUUAGAUGCCUUAUUAAAAGGUGGAAUAGAAACAGGUGGUAUUACGGAAUUAUUUGGUGAAUUUCGUACAGGAAAAAGUCAACUAUGUCAUACUUUAGCUAUUACAUGUCAAUUACCUAUUGAACAAUCAGGAGGAGAAGGUAAAUGUUUAUGGAUAGAUACGGAAGGUACUUUUAGACCUGAGCGUAUUGUAGCUAUCGCUAAAAGGUAUGGUUUACAUCCAACGGAUUGUUUAAAUAAUAUAGCAUAUGCUAAAGCCUAUAAUUGUGAUCAUCAAACUGAAUUAUUAAUAGAUGCUAGCGCUAUGAUGGCAGAUGCAAGAUUUGCUUUAUUAAUUGUGGAUUCAGCAACGGCUCUAUAUAGAUCUGAAUAUAUAGGUCGAGGUGAGCUAGCUAAUAGGCAAUCACAUUUAUGUCGAUUUUUAAGAGGGCUACAAAGAAUAGCAGAUAUUUAUGGAGUAGCUGUUAUUAUUACUAACCAAGUCGUUGCCAAGGUUGAUGCCAUGAGUAUGUUUGGAGGUCAUGAGAAAAUACCUAUAGGUGGAAACAUAAUAGCUCAUGCUAGUCAAACACGUUUAUACUUAAGAAAGGGUAGGGGAGAAAGCCGAAUCUGCAAAAUUUAUGAUUCCCCUGUCUUACCAGAAGGCGAGGCCGUAUUUGCUAUAACAGAAGGAGGAAUAGCAGAUUAUGAGGAAAAAUAA